AGAGUGUUGUGUGUUACGCUUUCAGCUGGCCUCACAGCGACUGUUAGUGUGGUCACUGUAAACUGGUGAGAAAUGGACUUCACACACUUUACAGAGGCUAUAUUUCAAACACUAAGCGACCUGGAUCGGAGUGACUUCAGGAGUUUCUGCUUUCAUCGAAAAGUCGAUUACGAGAAGUCCGAUUGACCCAAUGCGUUUCACGAACUUCCUGGUUUCAAGUCUCACCGAGACUGGUGCUCUGUUUUUGACUUUGCAGAUACUGAGGAAGAUUGGCUGUCAGGAAGAGGCACACAGACUAGCUGAUAGACAGGUGUAGGUCCCAUCAUGGCUGAUCUCUCCCAUUUUGUGGAUAAGCAUAGAGAUCACCUGAUACACAGUGUGAGAAAAGUUGAACCAGUAUUGGACGAGCUCCUUAUUAAUGGGGUCAUUCAACAAAAACACUGUGAUGACAUCAAGGCUCUCCCAACCUCAGAGGAGCAGAUGAGGAAGCUCUUUGAUUGUCUGACAGAUGCUGGAGACAGAGACAAAGACAUCUUAUUCAACGUCAUUAAGAAACUUGAGCCAGAUUUUAUCAAGCUCAUCAUGUUAAGGGAUGCUGCUUCAGUGAGUGUCGGCCAUGGAGAGGACUUCAUCAGACAAAAUCUCAGAGUGAAUUUGAAAGGCUUCACAUUGCAGUGGUUAGGUCCUUUAUCUGGAUCCUCAAACCAGUCAACGAUGGCACAAGGAAGUCAAAUGUCCCCAGAGCAUGACUGGAUUAAACUUGAGCCUGAAGUGAACUAUGUGGAUGUUCCAACUUACAGACUACAGUCUAAAGCAGGUAACUAUGAAUGCAGUGUCUCUGGCUUGCGCUGGGUUUGUAAAGAAAAGGUCAGCUUCAAGUACCAGUUUGGCUCUUGGGAGGAACAUAUGGAGAGAAUUCAAACCAACCACCAGUACAUGGUUGGAGGUCCCCUAAUGGACAUCACUGUCAUUGCUGGAAAGUUUAAAGAAGUGUAUCUGCCACACUGGAUCUGCACAGAUGACAACCCUACAAUCCUGGACAAGUUUGCAGUCCUACACAUAGAUACCUGUGGAGAUGUGGUGGAACAAGUGUCUGAGGUCACGCCUUCCCAUGUGAAGUUAUCACAGCCAGUUUUCUCUCCAAGAGGAGUCCUGGUGAAAGCCGGCUUUCCAGUGAAAAUUAACUGUAAAGUGUUAAUAUACAAGACCAGCAAAGCCUUCCUCACACUGCAUGUUUACCUGAUCCCUCGUGAUCCUGCUCUGCAAGAGACAAUGAAAAACAAAGCAUUAUCCAUGGGAUACAAAAUGAUCCAAAAGCCAUACCCAGAGAAAUCCCUGAAAAUGCGUGAGCGUUUCAUCCUCACAGCUGAUAAGGACGGUGCAGAAAUUUACCCGGAAACAUUAAAACUUGUGUAUCAAAGCAGUGACCCAAACUUCUUUGAAGUGUUCAUUGAAAAUCCAGACAGUAAUUUCCAGCUCACACUCAGGCAUGAAACUGGACCAGUGUGGACCUCUGUGAUUCGAAAAAAUGACUAUCAAAACACUGGUGAUACUCUGAUGAUGUUUGAUAAGGAGCUUGACAAGGUGAGGUCUAAACUUGUGGAGAAAAUGUCCAGAAAGUUAAUUAACGACUGCGGAUGA